AUGGCUCAGGUCCAAGGCCACUGCGACGCCCGUUUUUCCAAGCUCCGCGACUUGAUGCAAGAAUUUAUCGCGUCUGGACAAGACAUUGGGGCGAGUCUGUGCAUUAAUAUCAACGGCGACAAUGUGGUGGACUUAUGGGGGGGCUACGCCGACGUAUCGACCAAGAAACCGUGGGAAAGGGAUACAGUGGUCAACGUCUUCUCGACCUCAAAACUAGUCACCAACCUGGCGGCUCUGUUGCUCAUCUCGCGUGGUGUGCUGCACCCCGAUGACAAGGUAGCCCAGCACUGGCCUGAGUUUGCGGCGAACGGGAAGUCCGAGGUCACGGUCAGCCAAGUGUUAACCCACACAGCGGGUAUCUGCGCGUGGCAGGAUAACAUGAUGCUGGAGGACGUAUGCGACAUCGAGGCGGCAACCGACAAGCUGGCGAACCAGGCAACGCUAUGGGCUCCUGGAACCGCAAUGGGAUACCACGGUAUAACGCAGGGAUUCCUUAUCGGGGAGCUGGUGCGGAGGAAGACAGGGAUGUCCAUCGACAAGUUCGUAACGGAAGAGAUUUGCCGGCCGCUGGGCGACGGGACGGACUUCCAGCUUGGGUGUCGCAAGGAAGACUGGAACCGAGUGGCCCCCGUCGUGCCUCCACCGGGGCCCUCGAUCCAGGAGGCGCUUAACAAGGCGGGGUUUGAGCAAGACUCGAUCGUCGUGCGCACGUUGUGUAACCCUUCGCUCAAGGCCGAGGAUGCCAACACUGCGCUCUGGCGGUCCUGCGCGUUAGGCUCGGUCAACGGCCACACAAACGCCAGGGCAUUAGUCAAGAUCCUCUCCUGCUUCUCGCUCAGCGGCACAUGUGCGGGAGGCGGCUAUCGCCUGCUGUCGGCCGAGACGGUGAAACUGGCGCUUACGGAGCAUGCGAUUGGGACGGAUGUGGUGACAGGGCGGAGCGGGAGGCGCGGACUCGGGAUAUACCUCACCGGACCUGGGUCUGGGAUCGUCGAAGGCAAGCUACCGGAGGGCAGUGUUGGAUGGGGUAGCGGAUGGGGCGGUUCGAUCGUGGUUGUGGAUAGUGAUAGGAGGCUCACACUCGCGUAUGCCAUGAACAGGAUGCUAAGUGAAGAGCAUCCUUCCCCGGUAGCGUUCAUUAAGGCGGUUUAUGAGAUACUUGGAGUUACGAUAGCUGCAUGA